AUGUUUGAUCCGGCACAAUACUAUGCCUUGACCUCGGAUCAAGCAGCACUUGUCCAACAAGUCACCAAGUACACCAAGACCUAUUUUCAAGAUCCUAAAUUUGACGCUUCACAUGAUUUCAACCACGUAUUGCGUGUCACGGCUCUCGCGAUCAAAAUUCUUGAGCAGGAGCAGCAACUUGUGCAAUCUUCUGGAAGAAAAUCCUAUAAUGUCUUGACAGUCGUUCUUGGAGCAUUGUUGCAUGACAUCGAUGAUCGAAAGUACAGGUCUGCACAAGCCGCGACGGUGCCGGAAGCACAAGCAUUGCUAAUGAAACUCGGUCUGGAAGAGUCUUCGGCUGCUCGUGUACAAGCCCUGAUCGAUGCAGUCUCGUAUAGCUCCGAGAGCAAGAACCCGCAGAGGGUUAGGGAUCUGCUUGUCACAAUUCCCGAGCUCGGUCGCUGCUUUGCUUAUGGCGCUGCAAAAACGCCAAGGGAUCUUGACGCAACACUCGAGCACUUCGACGACAAGCUUCUAAAGCUUGCUGACAUGAUGAAAACGCAGACUGGUCGAGAGCUCGCCAAUAAAUAUACUGCUCGGUUGCAGCAGUUCAAGUCUUGGUGGAAGGAGGAAAUUGAGUUUGCAAAUGGUCUGCCGUAA